GAAUACGACGACUUCAAGCGCCAGCAGCUGAGGUUCAUCGCCGAGAGGGAGUACAGGGGCCCCAAGCUGCCCAAGGAGCGGCAGGGGCCCGUCGCGUGGGAGGUGCGGCUCGGCUCGGACCCCUGGCCCGCGGAGCCGCUGUGCAAGACCUGCAGCUACGACGGCGAGGCGCAGGGCCAGGCCGCAACCGGCCAGCCGGCGGAGCUGACCGCGGGUGAGAUCGACGAGGACGAAGACGACGUUGGCGCCGCGGAGGCCCCGGGGCGCUCAGAGCUGUGA